UAUUAUCAGAUGUGUGAACAGGUGGACAGAAGAACAUGUGCAAAUGGAUCACGCAUUUGGAAAAAUUGUUGGAAAUGAAAUACCAAUUAUAUUUGUGAAGAAUGAAAUACCUGAUGAUACUACAAUGGAAUUUGUUAUGCAUCUGGCUGAUCAGGAAAAUGAUGCUGUUGAUCAGGGUGGCCUAAACAAUGGUGAGAAAGAAGAUAAUGAAAUGAUUGGUUCUAUAAAAGAAGAAAUUGACAUUGAUGAAGAGCCAUUAUUCAACAAAGAAUUAUGUAGUAACAUUCCAGUUCAUUCUGUGAUUCCAAAGACUAAUAAUGGGAAUGAAGGUUUUGUUGCUGACAACAAUGAUAUUGAUAAUGGUGUUAUGGUCUCCGUGAAAAACGAAAUUGAUAUUGAUGAAAGCCCGUCAAUCAAGGAAGAAUUCUUCAGCGAUAAUCCAAAGGUUAAUAGAAGUACAAAUAGAGGUUUUGUUGAUGACAAUGUUGCUGACGACAACAACAAUGAUGAUUCUGGAAAUGAAGUCAUGUUUUCCAUAAAAGACAAAAUAGAAAUGAAUGGGAAACCAUUAAUCAAGGAAGAAUACCCGAGGGACAUUCAAGCACAGUCAGAGAUUCAAAAGACUAAUAAAGGAAAUGAAGGUCCUUUUGAUAACAAUGGUAUUGAUGCAGAAAACUACAAUGAUGAUGACUUGAAAAAUGAUCUCAAGUUUUCCAUAAAAGAUGAAAAAGAAAUCGAUGAAACCCCAUUAAUCAUCGAAGAACUCUUCAACAGCACUCCAGUACAGGCAGUGAUACCAAAGAAUGAUCCACUUCAGCUGGAGUUAUGCCAUGAAAUGGAAUCGGAGAUUUGUGGCAAAAUAGCAAUUGUUCGUCUAUCUAGGUUGGAAGAUGAAGAGGCUUGUUUUGUUGAGAAUUCGAACUUUAGACCCAAGUAUGAAUUAUUAAAGGAGGAUGACAAUAAUUAUAAAAUUGGAUCCACAGCAAGAGCAGAGAGCAGCUCAAGUCAUGAUGACUCGUCUGAUGACAAUGCCAAUGAUGAGGGCAGACCAGCAUUGACAAGCCUCAGACAGCUCCGCAUCACCAGAGCAAGACUUAGCAGAGAGCAGAAUAUUAUCAGUGAUGAUGACUCUGACACCGAGAAAACUUACAAAUGUGGCAAGUGCAGAUUUGUGGGUCCUACUAAGAAAAGUCUUGCAACGCAUUCCAGAUCUCAUAAUAGGAAAGAAUCUUGUGAUGACAAUGACGAGUACAUACCAUCAUUGGCAAGCCUGAGAGAGUCCCGCAUCAACAGAGCAAGACGUGAAAGCAGAAAGCAGGAUAGAAUCAGUACUAAUGGUUCUGACACCAUUCAAAUUUACAAAUGUGACAAGUGCAAAUUUGUGGGUCGUACAAAGGAAGGUCUCAAAACCCAUUUGAAAAACCAUAAUGUGAAGAAAUUCACUUGUAAAGUUUGUAAAUAUGUGGCAAAAAGUAUGUUGAAAUUUGAAAUGCAUCAAAGAAUUCAUACUGGAGAAAAGCCUUAUAAAUGCGAUAUCUGCAAUUUCAAGUGUGCUCAAAAAGAAGGCUUGAAAAGGCAUACGAUGUACAAGCAUACUAAAGAAAAGCCAUAUUCCUGUACUAUUUGCAACUCAAAGUUCUCGGAGUCAAGUAAAUUGACCAGGCAUAUGCAAGUCCACACAGGCAAGAAACAUUACAACUGUAAAAUGUGUCAUUUUAAAUUUUCUAGACUUUACCUUCUACAAGAACACGAAAAAACUCAUACUGUUGACCACAGAGAUAAACGCCUCAGAAAAGAUUCAAGUGAAUUUAAGCCUCGCAAUUCUAAAUCAUCAAGAACUCCUAGGCGUAAACACACAGUCCGUAACAGAGAUGGAUGGUUUUGUUGUACAGAAUGUAGUUACAAAAGUGCCUAUCAUGGUGAUUUAUGUAGACAUAGGAAAAUUCACACUGGUGAAAAGCCCUUCAGCUGUGACAUUUGUGGCUAUCAAUGCAUUCAUUUCUUUGACUUGAAACGACACAUCAGAAUCCACACUGGUGAGAAACCUUUUGGCUGUCAGCAAUGUGAUAUAAAAUUUACUUCAUCUAGUGAAUUGAACGCUCAUAGAAAAACUAAACGUUGUCGUUUUAACAGGAGCUGAGAAAGAAGUAUAGGACCUAAAAAUAAAUUAUAUUCAAUAUUCAUAAUUCAUCAUAUUCAACAGCUAAAUUUCUAAUAGUGAAUAUUGAUAAUAUUUGACUGUUCUCAUUUAGUCAUGUACAAUUAUUACACUUAUGCGAGAAGGCACAACAGGCUUAUGCCCAAAACUGUCCCU